AUGGCACCCGAACUAUCCAUACUGAAUGGACCGACUGAUCAACCGCUCUGGACCAUCACGCUCGGAUCACUCAUCGAUUUUCAAGCUCGAGCACAUGGUGAUCGUACAGCGCUCGUUGUGCCUUGGCAGAAUGUACGACGAUCAUACAACGACCUUGCCACUCGCAGCAAAAUCAUUGCAAAAGCUUUGCUUCAAUCCGGGCUUCGAUAUGGCGACUGCAUCGGUAUCAUGGCCGGGAACUGCUCAGAAUAUAUCGAAGUGUUCCUUGGCGCAGCACGGAUAGGUGUCACAUCAGUUGUGCUCAACAGCAAUUAUACGCCGACAGAGCUAUGCAAUGCAAUCUCGUUUAGUGACAUCAAGCAGCUCUUCAUUGCACGUUUUCCAGGACCCAAGCUUAAUUUCACGGCACACAUUGAACGUGUUUCGUCAACCAACAAGAACUUAAAAAUCGUUGUCUUCGAUGAUGAGGAGUACGCUCAGCGCAAAGGCCUACCUGUGCAGCACUUCGACACGUUCUACGCAAAGGGACAGGCCAGCGACAUCAGUGACACGGAUAUGAUGCACAAACAAGCACUUGUCCGUCCCGCCGAUACGUUGAAUCUGCAAUUCACAUCAGGCACUACCGGAGCUCCAAAAGCUGCAAUGCUCUCGCACGCGAACCUGAUCAACAACGCCAACCUCCUAGGCGACCGCAUCAGAUUGACAGAAACCGACAUCAUCUGUUGCCCACCACCACUCUUCCACUGCUUCGGCCUCGUAAUGGGCUUCCUCUGCGCUUUCACCCGCGGAAGCAGCAUCGUCUAUCCCUCCCAACAAUUCGACGCAGCCCUCGUGCUAAAAGCCAUCGAAAUUGAACGCUGUUCCUUUCUGCAUGGCGUUCCUACGAUGUUCACCGCACAGCUGGACGAGAAUACCAAACGAAAUUACGACCUCAAAUCUUUGAAAGUAGCACUAGCAGCAGGCUCUCAAGUCCCGCAGAAAUUGGUCAAUCGUUUAGAAAAAGAGAUGGGGAUCUCAAGAGUGUUGAUUGCAUAUGGUAUGACUGAGACUUCUCCUGUUACAUUUUGUGCGAGGUCAGAUGAUACGAUUGAGCAAAGGUUGAGUACAGUGGGUACUUUGCUUCCUCACACUGGUGUCAAAGUGGUGGAUCUUGACGGGAGAGUUGUACCCCAUGGGAUCGCUGGAGAGAUUUGCACGAGUGGCUAUGCACUGCAGAAAGGCUACUUGAAAGAUAUCAAGAAAACGGAUGAGGUGAUGGAAACAGACGCGAGUGGCAUAUGCUGGAUGCAUACGGGUGAUCAAGGUGUCCUGGAUAAGGACGGAUAUCUGAGAAUAACAGGAAGGAUCAAAGAUUUGAUCAUCAGAGGCGGCGAGAACAUCGUUCCCGCAGAAAUCGAAGAGCGCCUCCUCGCACAUCCUAGCAUAGUCGAAGCAGCAGUCGUCGGUGUACCUCACGAAAAAUAUGGAGAAGCCGUGGCAUGCUUCUUACGGCAAGCAGAGCAGAAUCAGCGACCGACUGGAGCAGAACUUGCGGCGUGGGUUCGUGAGACUCUGGGGAGACACAAAACACCUGAGUAUGUGUGGUGGGUAGGGGACAAUGGAGUCGGCGAUGACUUUCCUAAGACUGCCAGUGGAAAGCAUCAGAAGCACAUUCUGCGCAGUAUCGGGACAGAGAUUAUCAAGGGAAGGUCGCGUGUACGGCCGAGACUGUAG